UUUCAACAUUACCAUUACACUAAAUGCCCACAUUAGGCAGAGGCAGUUUCUAACACAUCGUCACACUUUGAGCUCGGCUGCAGUGUGGGCAAGGAUGGGCGACACCUUGUCCCUGACCAUCACCUUAAAGCCAGCGACAUUGAACCUGGAAUGGCUUAUCAGUAGGGAGGGAGGCACAAAAGUGACCAGUCACGUGAUUCAGGCCCUCAUCGUGAUCAGGUGAUGAGUACGGUUCCUCUGAUACAGGGACUGUCCUUUCUAUGGCCACACACAAUCCCCCCGCUACACAUCUCCUGGACCGCAUAACAUCCCAUGAUUCGACUGGUUCGAAUUCCACUUCCGUGUCCGCUGUAUCUCGAAAUGUCGCGAUGGGGCUGGCGACUUUAGCUCAGCAGCACUUAGAAUCUGACACUUUGCAAAAAAAUGCACCGACAAUGCAGAUCAAACCAGAUUCCGGUUCCUCCAACUCUGACGGGAACAGGAAUAAGCGCGUCGAGAUAGUCGCUAUCAGCGCGUCAAAGUGUAUUCCCAUCUCCUCUGAGAGUGAGGAGGGGCGUAGGGUUGUGCAUAAUGCCCGCCCUGCAGGCCCAUCUCACGAAACACACAAACCACGAGGCUCCACUCUUACCCAGACCUCGGGAGCUACUCUAUCUUCCGCCCUCUACCCUCUUUCAACGCUGUAUGGCACGGGCACUGAGACUCCCUCUAGUCCAUCUACAAGGACGUACAGUCCUGUUAUCGAGGUCGAUGAGACUGAGUCUGAUGAUGACACUGUCCAAAAGCCGACCCUGGAUCCCGAAGAUAUGUCCUAUAGACUAAAGCUUCUUAUUCGAAACAACUACUACCUCCCUCCCGCCCAUACCAAACCUGCACAUAUUGACACUCGGUUCGCCCAGGAACCUCAAUCCUCGAAAAGAGGAGCUCCUGUCAUCCGCAAUCUUUUCCGCAUUGGUGGGCCGAAGCGCAUAAACACGAAGCUCUCACAACCAUCCCCAGCGCAUGUUCCGAAUCGCCAGUUACGACUGGGCGCCCACGUUGAUCAUCUGGCGUUGCCAUUAGCGCCCACAACUGAAAUCGUCAGCGAGAACGAGCGCAAAGGUAGAGUUGUUGUGAUCCGCGAGCGACUAAACGAUUUGGAUGGUUCUCGCCUACCUUUCGAGCCAACACGCCGCGCAGUUAACUCUCCGCUCCCCAAGCACGUUCUUAUCGAUCCCACAGACGCUAUCGACUUGCCAUCGUAUGCAUUUCCUUCCCAGGGAACGGGAGAACAUGCCGAUUCCCGGGCGAUACUAGCCUCCACCAUGGUCGAUUUUAUUCCACACAGUCACAACCUUGAUCUUGGGCACUGGGCUGCUGAUGAGGCUUGGAGGCGCGCUUUACUCACUGAAGCCGUAGAUCUUAGUUUAUCAUCUAUCCAAACAACAUCAGAUACCUGCCCCCAGAAGUUGACGUGUCUCCCAAAACUGUCGCAUGCCGGGAGUGCGUCGGAAGACAUUGGACGCCCCAUUCUUCAACCAGAGCCUUCCGAUAUCAGAACUACUCUAAUAGCUGACGCAUGUGAUGCCAUCACCUACCACACUAGUCCACAGCAUAAACCUCAGCGUGAUUCCACACCCCUCAACCUUUUGUCUCACCCCCUGCCUCCCCCACCAAGAACCAAGUUGCGAGGUGAGAACCAAUCCCCGGUAGCUGGCAAGCGUGUGAGGAGGACAGCUUCUACCCCAAUCCUACCCCAACUGGGAGGUGAAAUUACUUUGUUUCCGCCAGACUUACAAGCCUCGCCCCAAUGUGGUGGACCAGACCCUCUAUUAUCGUCAUCGCUGACGCAUGAGAGUCUGAGCACUGCCUCCCAUUAUUCCGAUGAGGAUCCUGACGCACCCCAAACUUCACGAAAUUCCUCACACGAUCUCAUGAAUCAUCCGCCUUUGGGCGACCAUCAACAUCCCACGCAAUAUCGGAGGCACGAGGUCCCCCGUGACCAUCGCGCCACCAACGCAGCCAACCUCCGUCACGUCGAGCACGACUUCGCGACCCACAUCCAAGGGCAUAUUUCUACCACACCCCCACCGGAUGCGCCGACCCCCCCAUCUGAUGUGAUUCCACAUCAGUUAGUUGCCUUUCCUCACGAUAAUUUAAGCACCUCGACAAUUCUUGAUUAUCCCUCUGGAUACGGGACACCCUACACCCAUUUCACCCACUCAUUUGACUCUCUGGACAGAAGUAAGCCAGUCACGAACACGCCCAUCCAUUCUAACCUGGGGCUCUUUUCUUCAUUCAUGCAUACUCCUAAGCGAUCACCGCGCAUCCCAGAAUCAACCUUUGAGCUAUUGAAGAACGUUCAGGAAACAGCCGACAGUGACACCGAGAGGAUCCCUCCUUCCAUAUCCUCAAAGUCCAGUAGUGUGCGUAGUGAAAGGGGCGACAGGGCUCUGAAUGGGUUGUUAAAGCUUCACAUCGAGGAAGAACGAGAUAGAUUACGCAAAAUUGCAGACAGCAUUCGUCAACAGUCAUGA